ACAUCACCGGUCGUGGACCAUUAUUUUUUUUAUGGAGAUUUCUUGUUGCUAGUCCUAAGAGUAGUUGUACUUUGCUACCACCCAUUCUCUUUUUGCGACUUGCGAGGGAGUUAAUUAGCUACCCAUUCCGAAUUUCCCCAUUUUCGUUGUCUCUGAAUUCUCCAAAAUUCCCCAAACCAGUUGAUAUUUUCUCAACCGGGGACGGUAGAUCUGUCUCACAUGCUCCCCAUCCAGUCCUUGAUACGGAGUUAUCAAGCAGAAUUCCUUACGCAACAUCACACAUCUGGACGCAUCAUCGCUCAGAACUCAGAAGAGCCCGGCCAAAUUAAAAUGGAGGACCUGUGCUACCUGUACCUCGGCGUGGCUCUCGUGUCGCUCUUCAUAGUGCUAACUAGCCGCAGGCGCUGGGCGGCGGCGGCGCAUGAUGCCAACAAUAACGGCGAGCUGCAUCUGCCGCCGGGGCCGGGGCAGCUGCCGGUCAUCGGCACCCUGCACCACCUGGCGCUGUCGGGGCAGCUCCCCCACCGCGCGAUGCGCGAUCUGGCGCGGCGGCACGGGCCGGUGAUGCUGCUCCGGCUGGGCUCGGUGCCCACCCUGGUGGUCUCGUCCCGGGAGGGCGCCCGCGAGGUGAUGAAGACCCACGACACAACCUUCGCGACGCGCCCGCUGAGCGCCACCCUGCGCGUGCUCACCAACGGCGGCCGCGACAUCGUCUUCGCGCCCUACGGCGACUACUGGCGCCAGGUCCGGAAGAUCGCCGUCACGGAGCUCUUCACCUCCCGCCGCGUGCUCUCCUUCCGCGCCGUCCGCCAGGACGAGGUCGCCGCCAUGCUUCGCGCCAUCGCCACCGCCACCGCACCGCUGCAGGUGGAGAUGCACGGGCGGCUGUCGGCGUUCGUGGCCGACAGCACGGCGCGCGCCGUCAUCGGCGACCGGUGCAAGGAGCGCGACGUGUUCCUGUGGGAGCUCGACCGCUCCAUGCGGCUCUCCGCGGGGUUCAACCCGGCCGACCUGUGGCCCUCGUCGCGGCUCGCCUGCUGGCUCAGCGGCGCCGUGCGCCGCGCCGAGGAGUGCCGCGACACCGUGUAUGGCAUCCUGGAUGGCAUCAUCCAAGAGCACCUCCAGAGGGUGGGCGGCGGCGACGAGGACCUGCUCGACGUGCUGCUGAGGAUACAGAAGGAGGGCGGGCUUCAGUUCCCGCUCGACAUGGACGCCAUCAAAUCCGUCAUAUUUGACAUAUUCGGCGCUGGCAGCGAGACGGCGGCGACGACGUUGGAGUGGGCCAUGGCCGAGCUGAUCAAGAACCCAGACGUCAUGCACAAGGCUACAAGCGAGGUGCGGCGAACCUUUGAGGCCCACGGUACGGUGGUCGAAAGUUCCCUCCACGAGCUCCCGUACCUGAAUCUGGUCAUCCGAGAGACGCUGCGCCUGCACACUCCCCUGCCGUUGCUGCUCCCGCGGGAGUGCCAGGAGCCGUGCCAGGUGCUCGGCUAUGACGUGCCACACGGGACACAGGUGCUAGUGAACGCCUGGGCGCUAGGCCGCGACGAGAGGUACUGGCCACGCGAUCCCGAGGAGUUCCGCCCUGAGCGUUUCGAGGGGGAAGCUGCCAUGAUGGACUUCAGGGGGAACAGCUUCGAGUUCCUGCCGUUCGGCGCCGGGCGGAGGAUGUGCCCCGGGAUGGGGUUUGGCCUCGCCAAUGUGGAGCUCGCACUUGCGAGUCUGCUGUUCCACUUUGACUGGGAGGGGCCGGACGCGGAGCACCCGACGGAGCUCGACAUGACGGAAGCGUUCGGCCUCACUGCGCGGCGGAAAGGCGAACUUCUGUUGCGGCCUAUCCUCCGUGUCCCCGUUCCGGGAUUGUAAUCAGAUCGAUAUGAUGCACAAGAUGAAUUUUCAUUUUUGGUACAUGUGAAUAAAAUAAAAAGAGAAAAGUCCAUUCUAAACCUUGACCUUGUCGACCACGACCGAAUCGAAUCUAACCUCAGAUUUUCGGACCCUAACGUUUUCCAUGUGAAACACUUAUGUGCCAAAAGUAUUCCCACUCUUUUGUAAAUAUAUCAC